AUGGCCGGCAUUGGCAUAACCUGCCAGAGUCCAUUGAAGCCCGGUCACUUCAUGGUGGAGUGCGACCCAACUCCCAACCCAGCACCAAGCCAAUCCUGCGAAGGGUCACAGCAUGGUGGCGGGAAGGGUUCUUGCAAGCCUGAGGACAAAGUGGAUGAAGACCCAAUGCCAAUCUUCGAAUGGAUUGUGGACAAAAAGGAGCACUUCAUCCCAGAGAAAGGUAGCAGCUGUCGACGCUCCUACUACGACUGGAGGAUGCCCACCGAGGAGAACCCUUUGCAGCAACCCAAUCGCUUGUUGCACGAGUACAAGGCGAAGAAAAUGCGAACUUACUUGAAGGAGAUUGUGAAGGACCCGCGCAGAUUUAAGGUUCUGAUUGAAAAACGCCGGUGCUCGUGCCAGUCCAAGAAGUGA